AUGGGAAAUACAAUUUAACAUAAAAGGAGAAAUCCAGCUAAUUGUCUGGGAUGCAUGGCUUAGGAUCACGAGACGUUUGAUCCGAACGAAUUGCAAAUUGGACUUGAAGUAGACAAAGCUAGAGGUCGAAUCACAUAACAGUCAACUGCUUAUCUAACAGAAAAUGAGAAGAACUUUUUCAAGGCAGCAUCAGGACGUAAUUUAGGGUUAAUUCGAUUCUACUUAAAUAAUGGGAUUAACAUCAACAUUUUGGAUGAAGAUAGAACAUCUCCCUUACAUAUAGCAUCCAGAUAUGGAUCAAUUCAAGUAGUCUAAGAACUUAUUAAUAAUAAUGCUAAUAUAGAUAUCACAGAUAUGGCAGGAUGGACUCCAUUACAUGUAGCAGCUUUUUACUAAAGAGCUUAGGUUUGUUCAGUCUUACUAAAAGCAGGUGCAGAUCCAAAAAUAAGAAAUCGAGAAGGCAAUCUGGCAUAAGAUUUAGUAAGGGACAAAAUGACCUCAGAAAUAUUUAAAUCAUCUAUAGAGAUAUAGAAUUCAUUUGUCGAGAGACAAGUUAAGAGAAUUGAUCCUGCAUAAAGAUAACAUGAGGAAUAUUUUUAGUUUCUCAAACAAUAAAGACUAAAAAGUUAGGAAUGUAACAGUCUAUGUGAGAAAGUGUCAUAAGGAAAACUCAUAAGUCCAAAUUUAUCUCCGACUAAAUUGAUUUCAAAAGAAAAAGAGAAUUAAGGAUUUUAAGAUUCAAUAAGUAGAUCCAUAAUUUCUGAGAAUGAACACAAAGACAUUUAGGAUUGUUAUAAGGAUCUGUCUUCUAAAAUUAAUCGUAAUAUAAUCUCUCACUAAAAUUCAAUCCCUAGAUCUUUUGAUGAAAUGUAUUCUUUAAACCAGUUAGUGCUUUUGUAAAAUUCAUCCAGAGAACUUGUCGCCUUUCUCGAUUAAGUUAAACUAAUUAAGCAUGAUUACAAUUCUGAAAAUUUAUCACUAGAUUUAUUCAACCACUCUUCCAUUAUUGGUAUAUCAUUUAUGAUUGCUACUUAAAUGAUCAAACCUACUCCCUAAUCCAUCAUUAACUGGCUAUUCUAAGAUAUUGAAUUAAAAAACAAAGUGCAAAUAUCAAAAUUAUUAUGCAACAUCAAUUUGCAAGAAUAAUAACUAAUUCUAAAAUUAUUUGUUGAUAAAAUAGUAAUGACUGACAAUCUAAUUGAUUCUUUAUAAGGAUUAUUCAAUAAAUUGCUAGUUCAGAAUGAUCCAUUUAUAUUAGACAUUCUGGUUAAAGAAUUUAGUCGGCGGUUUUAUGAAUUUAAUUUUCACAAUUCAAAAGCUCAGACUUUUCCAUUCAAAUCGGAAGAAUCAUUACAUAUGUUUACAUUUGCCCUUGUUAUUUUGGACGUUCAAAGUGAUAAAUAUGAUAAAGAAAAUGCUUUCAAAUGUUUUUUCUAAAACAUCUAAACUAUUAACAAUGGAGAUAACUUGAGUUCAAAAUUUAUUUAAUCAAUCAUUGAGUAAUUGUAAUCUUAAUAGAUUGUAAAAUUAUGUGAAUAGCAAAUUGAUAAUUCAUUGUAUCAUGUUUUCAAUCAUUAUUGUACUCCUAUGCUAUUGAAAGAAUAAAAAGAAAUCCGAUCUGAGAAAUGGAAAUUAUAUAUCAUUAGCGAUGUUUGCAUCUUGAUUGCUGAUGGAAAGAUGAAAAUUCUGUCUAGUUCAAAGUGUGACAUUAUUAUGAAUAAAUAAGAAGUCACUAUUUAAGGGAAGUAGAAUUCUUAAUUAAUCUAUUUUGUUUGCAAAGAUGAUCAAACUUUCAUUUUAAAAAUAAAGAAUAAGAAAUUCAGAUUUGUUAAUCUUUAAUGA